GAAGAAGAAUAAGAAAGAGGUGACGGCGAGGAGGAAAGGGUGUAACGGGGAGGCGCCUCGUUUAGACGCCGCUCCCAAGGCCCAGACAGCGACAGACGUGCCGCCGACGCCGCCGGUAGAAAGAGCGUCCCGCCCGGCCUGCACCAUGUUCAAUGUGGAGAGCCUGGAGCGGGCCGAGCUCGGGGAGAGCUUGCUCACCUGGAUCCAGACAUUUAAUGUUGAAGCACCAUGCCAGACUGUAGAAGAUUUAACCAAUGGAGUUGUGAUGGCCCAAGUCCUUCAAAAGAUCGAUCCAACAUACUUUGAUGAAAACUGGUUAAACAGAAUCAAAACAGAAGUAGGAGACAAUUGGAGACUGAAGGUGAGCAAUCUGAAGAAAAUUUUAAAAGGAAUUUUGGAUUACAACCAUGAGAUUUUGGGGCAGCAGAUCAAUGAUUUUAUCCUUCCUGAUGUCAACUUGAUUGGGGAGCACUCCGAUGCUGCUGAGCUUGGAAGAAUGCUUCAGCUUAUUUUGGGCUGUGCUGUAAACUGCGAACAAAAACAAGAGUAUAUCCAGACCAUCAUGAUGAUGGAGGAGUCUGUUCAACAUGUUGUCAUGACUGCCAUUCAAGAGUUGAUGAGUAAAGAAUCUCCAGUCUCUGCUGGAAAUGAUGCUUACGUUGAUCUUGACCGUCAGUUGAAGAAAACAACAGAGGAAUUAAACGAAGCCUUAGCAACCAAAGAAGAAAUUGCUCAGAGAUGCCAUGAACUGGAUAUGCAGGUUGCUGCGCUGCAAGAGGAGAAAAGUAGUUUGCUUGUAGAGAACCAGGUCUUGAUGGAACGCUUGAAUCAGUCUGAUUCCAUAGAAGAUCCCAACAGCCCAGCAGGACGUAGACAUCUGCAGCUACAGACACAACUGGAACAGCUCCAAGAGGAAACAUUCAGAUUGGAAGCAGCAAAGGAUGAUUAUCGAAUUCGUUGUGAAGAGUUAGAAAAGGAAAUAGCAGAAUUGCGACAACAAAAUGAAGACUUAACAAAUCUAGCUGAAGAAGCUCAGUCUCUGAAGGAUGAGAUGGAUGUACUAAGGCAUUCCUCUGACAAAGUGGCCAAAUUAGAAAGCCAGGUGGAAUCGUACAAAAAGAAGCUGGAAGAUCUUGGGGAUCUACGGAGGCAAGUGAAGCUCUUGGAAGAGAAGAACACAAUGUACAUGCAAAACACUGUAAGCUUAGAAGAAGAGUUGAGGAAAGCCAAUGCAGCCCGCAGUCAGCUGGAAACGUACAAAAGACAGGUAGUUGAACUCCAGAAUAGAUUGUCUGAAGAAUCCAAGAAAGCAGACAAAUUAGAAUUUGAGUACAAGAUGCUGAAAGAAAAAGUAGACAGUCUGCAAAAAGAAAAAGAUCGGUUAAGGACAGAGAGAGAUUCCCUAAAAGAAACCAUUGAAGAGAUUCGAUGUGUACAAGCCCAAGAGGGGCAACUUACUACUUCAGGAUUGUUGCCCCUGGGUGGUCAGGAAUCUUCUGACAGCUUAGCAGCAGAAAUUAUUACCCCUGAAAUCAAGGAAAAACUCAUUCGCCUUCAACAUGAGAACAAGAUGCUAAAACUCAACCAAGAAGGGUCUGAUAAUGAAAAGAUUGCCUUGUUGCAAAGCCUCUUGGAUGAUGCCAAUCUCAGAAAGAAUGAACUGGAGACAGAAAACAGGCUUGUAAAUCAAAGACUGCUUGAAGUACAAUCCCAGGUUGAAGAAUUACAGAAAUCUUUACAGGAUCAAGGCUCGAAAGCAGAAGAUUCGGUCAUUCUGAAAAAGAAGCUUGAUGAACACCUUGAAAAACUUCAUGAAGCUAAUAAUGAGCUUCAGAAGAAACGAGCUAUCAUUGAAGAUUUAGAACCUCGAUAUAACAAUAGUUCCCUCAAAAUAGAAGAAUUGCAAGAAGCUUUACGCAAAAAAGAAGAAGAAAUGAAGCUAAUGGAGGAACGAUACAAGAAAUACUUGGAAAAGGCUAAAAGUGUGAUCCGUACUUUAGAUCCCAAACAGAACCAGGGCUCAGCACCUGAAAUCCAGGCACUGAAGAAUCAACUGCAAGAACGUGAAAGGAUGUUCCAUUCUUUAGAGAAAGAAUAUGAAAAAACGAAGAGUCAAAGAGAAAUGGAGGAGAAAUACAUUGUCAGUGCCUGGUACAAUAUGGGGAUGACUCUUCAUAAAAAAGCAGCCGAAGACAGACUUGCUAGUACAGGUUCGGGACAAUCCUUCCUGGCUAGACAAAGGCAAGCCACUAGCACAAGAAGAGCAUAUCCUGGCCAUGUCCAGCCAGCUACAGCAAGGUAGAGGGAGACCUUGCCUUGCAUUUUGAAGGGAAGCCAUCCUGGGAUCAAGACCUACUUCUGUUACAAGUGACAGCAUUUCAGGAAACUUAGCCAGCACCCUUUCUGUAUCAUUGUCCUUAUGGUUAACUUCUCAUUUGAGGAAAGUUUAACAAACAAGAAAGUUUUUCAGUGUUUUGAACCCUUUUACUUUUACUUUCUGGAGUCUUCCUUUUGCCUUUUAAUGUGCCAAAAUGUUGGUAAACACCUAGUGGAGUAUAAUAAUGCAAUCUCCUGUCCCACCCCUAGUUUAUAUGGAAUUGUCUUCUCUUGACUGAAACCUGAAGAUGGCUAGGUAGCAAACCUAAAAUGUCCUGUUGAUGAAUGAUGUUGCCAUCCUUUCCAAUGCUACCAUUGUAUAAAGGGAAUAUUCUCCUUUUCUUUCUCCAUUCUGAUCUGUUUAGAUUAUGUGAUGCAAUUUGGAAGCAUGUUGCAUAGAAUUAUUGUGAAAUGUAUUAGUUGCACAGGCCUAGUUGCUGGCAGAAGCUGUAACCUAGCUGCAGGUACCUUACUGGAUUUGUUCAUAGGUUUACCUGGUGCUUGUGUUACUAUUUCCCUUUGGCUUUUUUGUUUCACCACGGUUCAGUGGUUUGAAGAUCGUGUUAUAUUCUUGGUUAGUGCAAUUAAGGUGGAAAGCGUGAUCAGUGUUUUGCCUUUCCCAUUGCACUCUGACCAAGUGGAGAACUGGCCAUCCAUCCUUUUUCUUGAUUCACUCCUUCAGCUGCUUGGAAAUCUUAGGAAAUUGGGCCAUAGUAGUAUUUUACACACUGGCCCUGUUCAGAAGACACCUUAAACCAUGGCUUUAAUUACAGUGAUUAAGCCAGAAAGCUGGGCUGUGUUCAGAAGACACCUUAAACCA